AAUGGGGGGAUGAGUGCAAGGCCGGUGCGUGUGUGCUCCGGGACUAGGGUUUGCCGUGGUCGUCGUCGUUGUUGUCGUCGACGUGGCUUCUCUCUCUCGUCCACCAUCGCUCUUGCCGGUCCUCUCAGCCCCUGUUUGCCCUUUCGUUACUACUCUUUUCUUUCUCUCCGACACGCCCCUCUUCUCCCGCUUCGUGUGAUACCCCUUUGUCCGUUUUUCCCGCGGAUUGAGUCAUUUUUAGCUUCCUUCUCGAAAGAAUCGUUGGGGGAUCGGAUGUGAAGGUGGGGUUUGCAAGGGGAGGCCUAGUGGGGCGCUUGAAUCUGGGUUGAGUUCAUGAGGAGCCCUUGUGCGGUGAUGUGGGAAGGAGAAGAGGUUCAUUGAGAGCGGGGGAGGGUUUUGAAUUUGUCCAAUUUUGUCUCGAGGUGUGAGGCUUUCCCCCCCCCCCCCCCCCCCCCCGGAUUGUCGAGGCGUUUGCGUUUUCCAGUCAUUGAGGCGAGUUUCCGUGGCUGUGAUAGUGGUGGUUGUUGCGGAUCUCGGCUUUGGGAUUGCGAUUUCGUCGGGCUGGAUUGUUUAUGGCUCAGGGUGACGAUUCUUAUAUGGCAUAAUCUGCUUCAUAUUCUCCGUGCCGAUCCUUGUUGCAGAUCCAUUGGGUGCAGCACUGCGCUUUGUAUGCUCCUGCUCUGUUCUGCUGGUUUUAUCCAACCUCAACACUUCUUUUAGGUUAAAUUUCCUUGAGACCAAGCUCAUAUUUCUCGUUCGGGGAUUUAAAAGUUUUUCUUCUCCCCGUCCUGUCCUAGAAUUGUGAGGUAGAUACUUUCGGAACUUUCUUGUAUUUCCGAUUUCCUGCUCUCACUGAGUUACAUCCGUGAUAGAGGUCGUGUCUCUAUUACAUAUGCACCCACAGCGAUAUUUAUUAUUAUUUAAAUAAAUAAAUAAAUAUUUUUGAUUUUUUUUUGUAAGAGCUAGCUGUCUUAGUUCAUUCGUUAGAACACAGAAGAGAAGAUUCAUCUUUUGUAUUUUUAUCGGAAUUUUCCGAUGAUCGUGUAAGAUUUAAUAUUCUGACGGUCCGCGAUCAUGAUAUCCUUGAUAUGUGAGCUUAAAGCUUCUUUAGAAUACAAGUUUUGAUACGAAGGAAGCAGGUUCCAGUGACCAUGUGAUUUGACUAUGAUUUCACAUGUAUGAGUCAUCUAUGCGGAGCGAAGAAUUUCAUUGCUGGUGCUGUUGAGGAUAUGAACAAGCUAUCGUUCUCUUUGGACCAGAUCCUGGAGACUUCACCUCUUCAAUCUGGAGAUCUUUUCUGUCGCAGCUUGCAGAUAGUUCCACUUGAAAGACUUUCUUCCUGGACGAGGAAAAAAGAACUGGGAGUUACAAGGUUUAGGUUCUAGAUUACUCUGCUAUGGCAGGUUUACUAGGUGGCGCAGAUGCUACAGCGCAAUUAGCCUUAGCGGGCGCCAGCACUGGAAAUGGAAAGCUCGAGGAACCUGAUCACUCAAGCGCUAAUUGGUAUUUCAGUCGGGACGAGAUUGAGAAACAGUCCCCUUCAAGGUUGGAUGGAAUCGACAUUAAGAAAGAGACCUACUUUCGGAAGUCUUACUGCACGUUUUUGCAAGACCUUGGCAUGCGACUGAAAGUACCUCAGGUGACUAUUGCAACAGCCAUUGUGUUUUGCCAUCGGUUUUUCCAUCGUCAAUCGCAUAAGAAGAAUGACAGACACAUGGUCGCAACUAUAUGUAUGUUUCUGGCUGGGAAAGUGGAGGAGACUCCUCGGCCGCUUCGAGAAGUCAUCAUGUUCUCUUACGAAAUUCGGUUCAAAAAGGAUCCUAUUGCUGUGCAGCGAAUCAGACAAAAGGAUGUAUAUGAAGACCAAAAGGAGCUGGUAUUGGGGGGUGAGCGAUUAUUGCUGACCACUUUGGGCUUUGACCUAAAUGUACAUCAUCCAUACAAACCCUUGGUGGCAGCUAUCAAGAAGUUCAAAGUAGCUCAGAAUACAUUGGCGCAGGUUGCUUGGAAUUUUGUAAAUGAUGGUCUUCGCACAUCGUUGUGCCUGCAAUUCAAGCCUCAUCAUAUUGCUGCGGGAGCUAUCUUCUUGGCUGCCAAGUUUUUGAAAGUGAAUCUGCCCAAAGAUGGAGACAAGGUGUGGUGGCAGCAGUUUGAAGUAACCCCUAGACAGUUGGAAGAAGUAAGCAAUCAAAUGCUGGAAUUGUAUGAGCAGAACAAAUCCAAUGGUCCGACAGGCUCCCUUGCCAAUGAUCCAAGCCCCUCAGAAAUGAAUCGUGGCCAUGCUCCUGUAGAAUCCCCUUCUACAAACGGUCAUCAUCAUCAUCAUGAUCAUCAAAGCCCUUUGGCAAAAUCAGAAGUUCAACUAAAAUUGGAUGAAACUUUUAGCCAGCGAGAUGAUGAUUAUGUUGGUGGCAGGAUGGAGUCAUCGUCAUCAUUGUACACUCCUAAUACGGUAAGUGCUUACAGCGACCCUCCUUCCGAUCGACCUUCAGAUGCUAGGCAUAAUGUCAUUCCAGAUACAUCUGGAGUGCCGGCUUUGAACGGGAGAAACAAGCAGGAGACAGUGGUAAAAAAGGAGACUCUGAGAGCAAACAAUGAAUACCGAGAGGAGGCGAAAACCAAUGUUUCUCGAGUUGAGCUGAAUGAUGCCGGAGGACGAAAAGGAAACGAGACUUGGAAUGGAAAGGAGAAGAUCAAAGAGAAGGCAAGCACGGUCUCGAAUCCCGAGAAUGUGGAGUGUUUUACUAAAACAGAAGUGAAGAACAGGAAAAAAGAGUUUGUAAGUUUGGAUGAAGUUAAUAAGGACAAGAUUAAAGCAGCGUUAGAGAAAAGAAGGAAAGCACGGGUAGGGUCCGAGUUGAAACCUCCAGGUGUUAAACAUGAACCAACGAAUGAAGAAGAGCUGCUGGAAAGGGAGCUUGAGAGCGGAGUGGAUGCUGCAGCAGAGGCGGUGAAGUUUGGGAAAGAGAGGAAGGAUAGGAAGCCCUUAAGAGGCGAGCAUGACUUUGGAGGUGGCAAGGAAUAUCAAUCAGGUACCAUAAAGUCUAGGGUGAAAGAGGAGGGGGAGGUGAAGGGUACUAAGGUUGAGCAUGAUGUGAUUAAUUUGAAAGAACGAGUGGCCGAGGGUGAUUUUGCUGCUUCAAACAGGAAGAAAAUUGUGAAGGAGAAGGAAUCAUAUGCACACGAAAGGAAGCAGGGAAAGUCACUGGAACGUAAUGACCAUAUGGAUGUAGAUAGGGACAACCGGGCGCAAAGGGAUCGUUCUCCUGAGAGGGUAGAAGAGGGUGAAGUGCCGAGCACAAGCAGUACUAUUAGGUCUCCACCACGAUCAGCAGAGAAGAGGUCCCUCUCUGACCGUAGCUUGAGUCCUGGGGCUCAAAAACGACACCAUGGAAGUCGUGAACAGUAUGGGAAUCGAAAGGAUGGCUACAAGGACGGAAGGCACUUUCCCCAUAACCGGGACCACUACUAUCACCAUUCACAUCACAGCAGGUACGAUCAACAUCGUCCAGAUGGUGAGAGGGAACGUCACCGGGGUGAUCACAAAGAUAGGGACUGGUCUGACCGAGAUCACAAGAAGGUUCGUCACGAUUCAGGACAUGUUUUCAGUGGAUAUCAAUUUUCUCUCCGAAGUUGCCAAUUUCUUUUGAAGGAGCAUUGCCAACUUUUAUGACCCUAAAGACGUAUUGGAAAAUAUUAAUGGCUCGAGUAGAUUUUUGUCUUCGAACUCUGGAUACUAGACGAUUCCACCUUUUUAUCAUGUGUUCCUAGUCUUAAUUUGGAGCAUUUUCGCAGAUGUUCGGAAAGCGUCCAAAUAAAUACUCACCAUGGCCAUUAACUUCAAGUUUAUGUGUCUCUUGGUUAUAAGCAAUAACAUAUUUCAAAUCAAUUGCACAUUCUGCAAAAGUUCUCUGAA